AUGGCCAGCCGUCAGCGCACCAAGAUUCGCGCUCCCAGAAGAGGCGUUGCUGGUGCCAACGAUGUUGACUUCGAGCAAACAUGGUCAACUCUGUCGCAUGCGUUCGGCGAAAUUCACACAAAGAACGCAUCUGCUCUUUCCUUCGAACAGCUUUACCGCGCCGCCUAUAAGAUAGUCCUCAAGAAGAAAGGCGAUGAUUUGUACAAAAAGGUCGCCGAUUUCGAGACUCACUGGCUGUCCACUGCUGUUCGUACAGACAUUGCUCGCACCCUACAUGCCCACAUCCUCGCCGACGACUCCGACUCUUCCCUCGAUGCCAGUGCUACCGCUCCCGAACGCCGCGAGGCCGGUACCCGCUUCCUUGCUGCCCUCAAGUCUGCCUGGCAAGACCAUCAGACCUCGAUGAGCAUGUUGACAGACGUCCUCAUGUACAUGGACCGUGUCUACUGCGCCGAUACCAGGCAACCCUCUAUCUUCUCAAAGGCCAUGAGUCUUUUCAGAGAUAGCAUCCUGUACUCGACCGCCAUCGCCUCCGUCCAACCCCCGCUCUCUUUUCUCGAUACCUUAAACGCCGUCAUCCUCGACCAGGUUCGUAUGGAUCGCGAUGGCGAUUACAUCGACAAAUCCUUGAUCAAGGCAAACACAUAUAUGCUGGAAGGUCUUUUCGAGACAGACGCAGAAGGAGAAGACGAGAAGCUGUAUCUCACAAAGUUCGAGCAAGACUUCCUCGCCAAGAGCGCAGUCUUCUACCGCGAGGAAAGCGAAAGAUUGUUGAAAGAGUCAGAUGCAGGCACAUACUGUCGACACGUGAGGAGGAGACUGGACGAAGAAGCUGAUCGUUGUCGCUCCACAAUCUCAGAAUCGACGUCUGCAAAAAUUAUCAAGGUUGUCGAGGAUGAGCUCAUUCGCCAACAAAUAAAGGCCUUGAUCGAGAUGGACAGUGGAGUGCAGUUCAUGGUCGCAAACGACAGGCACGAAGAUCUUGGUCUGGUCUUUGAGCUGGAGAGCAGAGUAGACCCCAAGAAGCCCGAGUUGACGAAAGCCAUUCAGAAGAUCAUCCAGGAGAUGGGAACGAAUGUCAACAGCAAUGCCAUGAACCAGCCAACUGCACAGCCCGCCGCUCAAUCAGCACCCGCCGAAGAUGGAGAGACUGGAGAGAAAGAGAAGGCAAGACCAGUAGAGAAGGUCAACCAACAGACGGUAGCAGCCUUGAAGUGGGUUCAGGAUGUACUGGAUUUGAAGGACCGUUUCGACCGCAUCUGGAAACUCGCUUUCAACCAGGACCAAGUAUUACAAACCGCCCAGACUCGCAGUUUCUCCGACACAAUCAAUGCUCUCCAGAGAAGCUCCGAGUACAUCUCGCUCUUCAUCGACGACAACAUGAAGAAGGGAAUCAAGGGCAAGACCGAGGAAGAGGUUGAUCAAGUGCUUGAAAAGGCCAUCACCUUGGUUCGCUACCUCCAGGACAAGGAUAUUUUCGAGACGUAUUACAAGAAGCAUCUCUCCAAACGCUUGCUCAUGGGCAAGUCAGUAAGUCUGGACGUUGAGAAGCAGAUGUUGGGUCGCAUGAAGAUCGAGCUCGGCAACAGUUUCACACUCAAGAUGGAGGCCAUGUUCAAAGAUAUGUCUCUCUCGGAAGAACUCACAUCAGGCUACCAGACAUAUAUCUCAAAGCUUGGCGAAAACGAUCCCAAGAGAAUUGAUCUCAGCAUCAACGUCCUAACCAGCAUGACAUGGCCAGUCGAGAGUAUGAGAGGCCACGAUGAAGAAGGAGAGCUCAAGACCAUCUACCCCCCUGCGGUCGAGAAGAUCAAGACGAGUUUCGAGCAGUACUAUACCACCAAGUACUCUGGCCGAGUGCUCAGCUGGCAAGGUGGUAUGGGUACGGCUGAUAUCAAGGGCACCUUCAAGCUACCCAGCAAGGACGGUGGUCCUCCCAAGACCAGAGUGCACGAGCUCAACGUGUCAACCUACAUGAUGAUCAUCCUGUCACUCUUCAACGAUCUCCCGGUCGACGGCACACUCACCUACGAAGAGAUUGCCGCACAAACAAACAUCCCGCAAAACGAGCUCAUCAGAAACCUGCAAUCACUAGCCGUGGCACCCAAGACUCGCAUCCUCGUGAAGGACCCCAUGAGCAAGGACGUCAAGCCCACCGACCGUUUCUCCUUCAACGAAAAGUUCACCUCGAAAUUCAUCAAAGUCAAGGUCGGCGUCGUCACUGCAGGCAACAAGGUCGAGAACGACAAGGAGCGCAAGGAUACCGAGAAGAAGAACAACGACUCUCGCGGCUUUGUCAUUGAAGCAGCCAUUGUGCGCAUCAUGAAACAGCGCAAAGAAUUGUCUCAUCAACAGCUGAUCAACGAGACACUUACGCAAUUGAGUGCACAGUUCAAGCCUGAUGUCACCAUGAUCAAGAAGAAGAUUGAGAGUCUGAUUGAGCGUGAGUACCUGGAGCGUAUCGAGGAUGCCAAGUUGCCUUCGUACCGCUACCUUGCAUAG